AUGAGUACUGGAGAUUUCCUGGCCAAGGGAAUAGAUUUGGUUCAAAAAGCUAUUGAUUUGGACACCGCUACGCAAUACAAUGAAGCUUACAAAGCAUAUUACAAUGGGUUAGAUUAUCUGAUGUUAGCUUUGAAAUACGAGAAAAAUCCCAAAUCUAAGGAACUGAUUAGGGCCAAGUUCACUGAGUAUUUGAAUAGGGCAGAACAAUUGAAAAAACAUCUCGACGAAGAGACAAAACAGGAGGAAAAACCUAAAAAAAUCAGUAAUGAUGAUAAUAAUACGAAUAACGACUCUGAUAAUAAGAAGCUUAGAGGGGCAUUAUCGGGGGCAAUCUUGAGUGAAAAGCCAAAUGUGAAAUGGGAAGAUGUUGCUGGGUUGGAAGGUGCUAAAGAAGCCUUAAAAGAAGCAGUUAUCUUACCCGUCAAAUUUCCACAUCUAUUUAGGGGCAAUCGAAAACCAACAAAUGGUAUUCUAUUGUACGGCCCUCCAGGUACUGGUAAAUCAUAUUUAGCAAAGGCAGUUGCCACAGAGGCAAAUUCCACUUUUUUCAGUGUCAGUUCGAGUGAUCUGGUGUCAAAGUGGAUGGGUGAGUCUGAAAAAUUGGUGAAAAAUCUGUUCGAGAUGGCUCGUGAGAAUAAACCUUCUAUCAUAUUCAUUGAUGAAGUUGAUGCAUUGACUGGCCAAAGAGGUGAAGGUGAAAGUGAGGCCUCUAGAAGAAUCAAAACCGAAUUGUUGGUUCAAAUGAAUGGUGUAGGAAAUGAAUCCCAAGGUGUUCUUGUGCUGGGUGCAACGAAUAUUCCUUGGCAAUUAGAUAGUGCCAUUAGAAGAAGAUUUGAAAAGAGAAUAUAUAUCCCAUUACCUGAUCUUGCGGCAAGGACCAGAAUGUUUGAAAUCAACAUUGGUGAUACACCAUGUAACUUAGCAAAAGAAGACUAUAGAUCAUUGGCGCAAUUAACAGACGGUUAUUCAGGUAGUGAUAUUGCAGUAGCUGUAAAAGAUGCAUUGAUGGAGCCUAUCAGAAAAAUUCAAGGCGCAACACAUUUCAAGGAUGUCUCUGAAGAUCCUGACCAAAAAAAACUGACACCAUGCUCACCAGGUGAUGAUGGUGCCAUUGAAAUGAGUUGGGUUGAUAUUGAAGCAGAUGAGUUAAAGGAGCCUGAUUUGACUAUAAAAGACUUCCUAAAGGCAAUCAAGAUUACGAGACCUACAGUGAACGAGGAAGACUUACACAAGCAAGAAGAGUUCACUAGAGACUUUGGUCAAGAAGGUAACUGA